CUCCCACUCCUUCGAUUCUUCCACGUAUGCCAGAGAGAUCGUAACAUGGGAGAGUGCAAAAGCCUUGAGAUUUAGCUUUCCGAGCGAGGAGUUAAUGAGAUGUCUUAUAAGUAGGUGGUGCUGACGGUUGCUUCGUUGACAGAGUGCGAGAUAGAAGAAAGGCAUGGGUCGCCGACGCAGCUUCUGCUUCUCGCCCAUGCAACUGUUCCUCUUCUUCUCGGGGCUCCUGCUUAUCCCCACUCUCAGCAGCAGCAGCAGCAGCACAAGUGACAGGAAAGCCCUUGAGAUCGGCAUCGGCAUCGGCAUCGGCGGCGGGCCUCCGCCUCCGCCUCAGCCUCCGGAAGCUCAGCCCAGAAGGCCUCCUUCUUCCCCGCAGCAGCCGCAGCCUUGCGACUUCGAGAACAUCCUGCAGUACAGAGCCUACUUCGUCAUCCAGCGGUUCAAGAGAACCAUCACCUGCGAUCCCUUGAACAAGACCGACACGUGGAGCGGGUUCAAGUUAUGCAACAACGACGGCGAUGGCUACCAAGGCUUCUACUGCGAGACGCCGCCCAACCGGAAAAACAUGCGAACCAUCGCCUCCGUCGACUUCAAUGGCUUCAAGCUCGGGGCCCCAACCGUCUCAAGGUUCGUCGACCAGCUCCCCGACCUCGCGCUCUUCCAUGCCAACUCCAACAACUUAGGCGGCACCGUCCCGUACAUCCGUACACUGCCAUUCUUCUACGAGCUCGACCUCAGCAACAACGACUUCUCCGGCGGAUUCCCCGUCAACGUGCUCCCCCUCGUCAACCUCUCCUUCCUCGACCUCCGCUACAACGGCUUCGCCAGCCCCCUCCCGCCUUCCGUCUUCCUCAUCCAAACCCAGGUGCUCUUCCUCAACAACAACAAGUUCUACCAGCACAUACCCGACAACCUCGGCAGCACCCCCGCCGCCUACAUCACCUUCGCCUACAACGACUUCACCGGCCCCAUCCCUAGCUCCAUCGGCAAAGCUUGCGAGACGCUGAUCGAGAUCCUGUUCCUCGGCAACCGGCUCUCCGGCUGCCUCCCCUUCGAGGUGGGGCUGCUGAAGAAGGCCACGGUGUUCGAUGCCGGGUCCAACCAGCUCACCGGCCCAAUCCCCCUCUCCUUCGGGUGCUUGGAGAAGGUGGAGCAGCUCAACCUGGCGGGGAACCAGCUCUGCGGGGAGGUGCCCGACGUGGUGUGCCGGCUGGCCAAGUACGGCAAGCUGGUCAACCUCUCCCUCUCCGACAACUACUUCACGUCUUUGGCGCCCAGCUGCAUCAGCUUGAUCCAUUCGAAUGUGUUGGACGUGAGGAAGAACUGCAUUCCGUGGCUGCCCCACCAGAGGUCGCCGGAGGAGUGCGCCUGGUUCCUGAAGCUCCCCAAGGUCUUCUGCCCCAACGCGCACUACAUUCCCUGCCACUUGCCAUGGGAGGGCAGGGACGAGCUCGAUUCGUCCGCAUCGUCGUCGCCGGCGGUGGAUGGAGGGAGGGACAAAAGUCCGGCGUCUGGGUACACCACUUACCAGGCCCUGCACCACCAUGACAAGCCAUAACCAACGGGAAUUCGCGGUUUAGGUGUUCAUGCCCGUGUCUGUCAUCCACGUCCAGUAACUGCAUCUCUGUUUUCCUUGUAGCUUCUACUCGUUUCCUCCCUUUAUCUUCGUGCAAACAUUAGUGCCGUCGAGCUAAAUGUAGACAAUGCAUUAACGCCAUGGAUCUACUCCUCUUCCACCCCGGUUCAGUUGUAAGCGUGGUGUUGCAGCAUUCUAAUGUAAUAAAAACUUUCUUCUCGUCCGAUGAA